GAAGCACCCAUCAACGACAACAAUGCCUGGAAGAGUCGCCGGCUCUUCAGCCAAAGGCGCAUCUACCGCCGCCAAACCACGAACUUCUCGAACUGCUAGAGCGACUGCCUCAGCACCGGCUAGCAACAUCCCUGACGAAGGACCCUCUACCAAGCUUCGAAACCAUGUCGCUGCCGUCUUCUCGGAUGCCCAAAAAUCAAACACCGGUCACAGGAAGCUCGUCAUCAAUUUACGAAAGAUCCAAGAAGCAUGUUGUUACGAGCCUUUGAGCUCCAAGAAGAAACAAGCCGAAUACGACUUUGACGAGGAUGAUUUCAAUACCGAGGUCGUACGCUGCGUUCUGCGUGUACUGCCCAUCAAAAAGAGCGAGACUGUCGGCGACCGCAUCGUCAAGUUCUUGGGCAUCUUCUUGAGAGUGGCCAGCGAGAAGGACAAUCAACUAGUAGCUGAUCAAGAUGGUGCUCUACCAGAGACUCCCACGUCGCGUCUGACAAAUGCCAUCCUCAACACUCUUUUACAACUUCUCUCGACGAAGGACAAGAUUGUGCGCUUCAGAGCUACUCAAAUCAGUGCCCACAUCAUCAACACGCUCGACACUCUGGACGAUCAGAUGUUCCACCUGCUCCGCCUAGCCCUCCUCAAGCGCAUCCACGAUAAAGAGUCUUCGGUCCGAAUGCACGCCAUCUAUGGUUUGAGUCGUCUCGCUGCCGAACUCGACGAGGACCAACAAGACGAAGACAGCGACGAUGAUGAUGCUAGCUCUGGUGUCUUGGAGAAGCUCCUCAACGUCUUACAAAACGACCCCUCCGCCGAAGUCCGCAGAGCUCUCCUGCUCAACCUCCCUCUCACACCUACAACUCUUCCAUACCUACUCGAACGCGCCAGAGACUUGGAUGCUGCGACACGACGCGCGUUAUACGCUCGUCUUCUGCCUGCAUUGGGCGACUUCAGACAUCUUAGUUUGACCCACAGAGAAAAAUUGCUCAGAUGGGGCUUGCGCGAUCGUGACGAGACUGUACGCAAGGCGACCGCUCGUUUGUUCCGCGAGCGAUGGAUCGAGGAUUGCGCUGCGCUGCCUGCAGCCAUCGACCCUGAAGAAGAGACAGAGGAUGGAAAGAAGAAGCCGGGUGUCACAAAAGCUGCCGAUCCUAGCCUUGAAGCUCUUCUCGAACUGCUCGAGCGCAUCGACGUCUCAAACUCUGGAAACACUGGAGGUGUAGCGCUCGAAGCCAUGAGUGAGUUCUGGGAUGGCCGUCCGGAUUACAGAGAAUAUGUCAGCUUCGACUCUGAAGCAUUCUGGGACGAACUUUCUCCAGAAAGUGUAUUUGUUGCUCGCACAUUCAACGACUAUUGCCGUGCCAAGGACGCUCAAGGAGACGGAAGACUACUGGAUAUGCUCGAAAUGAAGAUGCCCGAAGUCACAAAGUUCGGUUUCCUGCUCGAGAUUCAAAUCAACAAGUUGAUCGAGUGCGUUCGUGGAGCCGCUACUGGUGGACCUGAUGGGGACGGCGAUGAAGAGAUGGAAGAGGAGAGUGUCCAGCGCGAGUUUAUCGUCGAACAGAUGCUUCAUAUGGCGAUCAGUUUCGAUUACAGCGACGAGGUUGGUCGUAGGAAGAUGUUUGGUCUCAUGCGUGAGGCCCUCACAAUGCCUGAACUGCCAGAAGAGUCGACAAGACUUGCAGUAGAAACACUACGUCUGGUCUGUGGAGACGACAGAAGCGACAAGGGCGAGAGUGACUUCUGCGGUAUCGUUCUUGAAGCCAUUGCUGAAGUACAUGAUACUAUCAUGGGCGAUGAGGGCGACAAGACCAAGAGUUCUACAGGAGAAGAGAGCUUCCACUCUGCCAGAAGUGAGAUCAGUGACGAUGGCUCAGCGAGAAGAAAUAAGAAUUCAAAGCGCGCAGAGACCGACGAGGAAGCAGAGGAUGAUGAUGAAGAGAAAGCCAUUCGCGAGAUCAUGGUCAACAUGAAGUGUUUGCACAUUGCACAGUGUAUGCUUCAAAACAUUCAAUGCGAGCUCGAGCAGACUGUCCAUCUAGUCACUAUGCUCAACAACCUCGUCAUUCCGGCCGUCAGAAGUCAGGAAGCGCCCAUAAGAGAGCGUGGUCUGGUCUGUCUGGGCCUGUGCUGUCUACUCGGAAAGAACCUCGCACAAGAGAACAUUACACUCUUCUUGCAUUGUUUCGCCAAGGGACACGCCUCUUUGCAGACGAUUGCGAUUCAAAUCAUCACAGAUAUCCUCACAACCCACCCCUCCCUACUCGCACCUGUUCCAUUAACCGGAGAUGGUGACGAGACAUCUGCCACUCUUUCGGCUACCGAGCCCUCGCCACUACUCAAGCCUGUACUGAAGACAUUCUCCAAAUCGUUGAAAUCAGAAGACGUAGAUGUCCAGUCUACUGGUGCAUCGGCUUUGUCAAAACUCAUGCUCUCACAACUGAUCACCGACCCCGACUUGCUCAAGGGUUUGGUGAUUGCCUUCUUCGAUCCUGAGACAAACAGUAAUGCAUCUCUCAGACAAGCACUGACAUACUUCUUACCUGUGUAUUGUCACUCAAGAGCAGCAAACGCCGAGAGAAUGGCCACCAUCGCUACUGGAGUCAUUGCUCGUCUUGCUGCUCUCAGAGAAGCUCUUAUCGAGGACGAGGAUGUUGAAGAGAGUGAGAUGGUCACUUUGAGUGUUGUCGGUGGCAUGCUCGUCGAUUGGACAGACCCUCGCAAGGUCAUCGGCAGCAGUGAAGAAGCAAAGACUGGAAAGCUCAGAGUCGAAGAAGGAGGUGCUCCUGACAGCGACAUGAUCCACUUUGUGCUUGCAGAGCAGAUUCUCGAGAAGUUGGUGACGAGCCAAACGAGCAAGGACGAACGUAAGGUCCUGUUUUCCAUGUUGAGCAAGCUUCAUCUCACCGUUUCUUCACCCGAUCCUGGACUUCUCCGUACCGUCCUCGAACUAGUUGCAGAAGCCAUCGAAUCCAAGGUGGCAUCCGAUGUAACCAGUCGCAACGCACUCGCCAAGAUGCAGACAACGCUACUCAAGCUCAUGCACGACAUUGCAACAGCAGAAAGAGGUGGUGGCGGCGAGGAAACGGUGGUCGAGGACGCCACAGUUGUGCAAAGAACAGACGUCGACGAGACAGCACAGUCAGUGACAGGGGCAGAGGUCAGAGAAGAGGAGGAGGAGGAAGAAGCAACAGAAGUCGAAGCUGAAGACGAUCCUGUCAAUGCACAACUGAGACGUGAACUCGAGUCAACACGUAUCGAGGAUCCAGACGCUGAGGGCACGAGGAUGGACAUUGACGAGGGGAUGGAAGACUACGAUUUCAGUGGUAUGGCAGAUGACAAGGACGUCCAAGCACUGAUGGACAGCAUGGACGACGAUGAGGAUCUGAUAGAGUAAGCAGAAGGGGUUUGUUUAGGGAUUGGUCUGGCGUCUUGUUCGGCAGCUGGGGAGUCAUGGAUGACAUUUGAAUUUCUUCUUGAUACCAUAACACUACAUACGAAUGCUUUUCUUCUUCGCAUUGGAUGAUCGCGUACUUGACCAAUUGCCGGGGUGGUGGUAUUUUGGGAGGUCAGCGGUAAUGAAGCUACUCCACAAAUUUCACAUG